CGUCGCCGGAGCCUCCCCCGCCGCCACAAACCGGAGCUGGGGCCACGCACAUGGGGCACGGGGUGAGCUGCGCCCGCACCGGCGACGAGCACGACUUCUUCCGCGCCGCGCAGCUCGGGGACCUCGACGCCCUGGCCGCCCACCUCGCCGCCGACGGCUCCCUCGCCCGCCGCGCCACCCUCUACGACCGCCUCUCCCCUCUCCACAUCGCCGCCGCCAAUGGACGCCUGGAGGCGCUCUCAAUGUUCCUGGAUCGCGGGGCGCAGCCGGACGCGGUGGAUCGGCACAAGCAGACUCCCCUGAUGCUCGCGGCCAUGCACGGCAAGAUCGGCUGCGUGCUCAAGCUCCUCCAGGCCGGCGCAAAUAUCUUGAUGUUUGAUUCGGUGAACGCGAGGACCUGCCUCCACCACGCGGCGUACUACGGCCACGUCGACUGCCUGGAUGCCAUCCUCUGCGCCGCGCAGACCACGUCGGUGGCCGAUUCAUGGGGGUACGCCCGGUUCGUGAACGUGAGGGACGACAACGGCGCCACGCCGCUGCAUCUCGCGGCCAGGCAGGGGCGGCCAGAGUGCCUGCAGGUGCUGCUGGAGAAUGGUGCCAUUGUGUCUGCUUUGACCGGUUCAUAUGGCUUCCCUGGUAGUACGUCGUUGCAUCUGGCUGCUCGCAGCGGGAGCUUGGAUUGCAUCCGAAAGCUGCUCGCUUGGGGAGCUGAUCGGCUACAAAGGGACUCGGCUGGGAGGAUACCAUUUGCGGUUGCACUGAAGCGCAAAUUUGGGGCAUGUUCAGCAUUGCUAAACCCUUCUUCGGCUGAGCCAAUGGUGUGGCCUUCCCCGCUUAAGUUCAUCAGCGAGCUUGAUCCAGAAGCAAAGGCUCUCCUGGAAGCAGCUCUUAUGGAAGCUAACAGGGAGAGGGAGAAGAAGAUCCUGAAGGACACCAAGUACUCCCUGCCAUCCCCUUCACACUACGAUGAUAACAUUGACAAUGAUGCAUUCUCGGAGGUGAGCGACACGGAGCUGUGCUGUAUUUGCUUUGACCAAGCAUGCACCAUCGAGGUGCAGGACUGCGGGCACCAGAUGUGCGCGCCCUGCACACUAGCUCUAUGUUGCCACAACAAGCCCAACCCGACGACACUGGCCCUGCCCUCGCCAGCCUGCCCGUUUUGCCGCGGCGGCAUCUCGAGGCUGGUGGUGGCACAAACAAGGACAGACAAUGACCCUGAGAAGGCAGGGUCCCCGCAGCUCGCUCCUAGGCGGUCUCGGCGCUCCCACAACCUCAGUGAGGGUGGCAGCAGCAGCUUCAAAGGGCUGUCCUCGGCCAUCUCAAAGAUCGCCCGCGGCUCGAGCCGGAUGGCCGGCAGCAAUAGUGGUGAGACAGACAAGCCCGAGCACGAUCCGUGAUGUAGAGCAAGUGUACAUCGGCAAGUAAGCUAAAAAAGAUGGCAUGCAUCUUUUUGAAACCCCAGAUGAGAAAUCCAAUACCUUGUUGGGGCGCUUUCAGGUUGAUCCAUGGAAGCUCUAGGCAGUAACUACAUAAGUAUCUCCGUAGUUUCUAUCUAUCCUAUAUAUUUUUGGAAUCGCCAGGCUAAUCUUGAAAGGCCAGAGAGAGGAGGUAUUCAUCAUAGAGGUCAAUCUUGAAAGGUCCUGGUAAGUCAUCGAUCCAGAGGCGUGAUCGUUGCUACAGCUGCUUCACGGUCUAUCUCUGAAGUGCCAUGCCAUGGCAUGUGACCGUGUC